ACUCUGGCCCCGCUCCACGUUGCUCGCCAGUGGGAGCCGCCAUCGCGUGACGUCACUCCACGACGGCGCGCGCAUGCGCAGUGCGCGUUGGGCGACACUUGCGAGGCGCUGUAAAACAAAAUAAUCCCCCCUCGUCCUCCCCGGAUCUGCGACCGAAUCACCCAUCGUGCAGAGGCAUUCGCUGAUCGGUUUGGCUGAAGCUGUGAUGGAGCGCUCGCUAUCCGAUGACGCCCGGCAAAUGUACAAGCUGAAGCAAGCGGCAGUGGAGUUCUACCGUGCCCACGGGGUCCCACAGAACUUGGAAGAGGCCCUCAAUAGCCUCUUUCACCAGCAGCCUGAAGACAUCUAUGGGCAGCUGGUGAACCACUUUUCUGUGCUAUGCAAGCCUGCGGUAGUGAAGCGGAUAGAGGCCUGGCAGGCACUGGACACUGUGGGCUGUCCCACCAUUGCAGUGCAGCUCAUCUGCACCACGAGGAACAUGGAGCAGCGUGUGUGCUCGCUGGUGAUGGCCAGUGAAGGUGAACCACCAGAUACCAUGGCACUGGGGCUGAAGGAUCAGGAGUACAGCAAGAAAAAAGAAUCUUCCCAGUUGGCCAUCCAGUGGAUCAACCACUCUCUGUCUGGUUUGCUUACGGGUCAGCAGCCAUACAACCAGUCAGAGCUUGACUGCUUGUUGAGGGAGUUCCUAAAGGAGAAGCUGUUUGAAGUGCAUCAACAACAGGAGCAGGAGGAAGUGAUAAGAACAGAGUUCUCGGAGCCCGUGGUGCAACCACCUGCUGUGACAGUGAACAGUGACAAAAAGCCCAUCAAGGGCAAGAAGAGCGCUGCUCUGGAAAAGCCACUCUUUCACAAAGAGAUGCGAGCCCCACUACUUCCCGGAAGUGUGGCCAUCGGGGCAACAUCUAUGGCCAUCGCCAAGGCCGCAGCCCGACUUAAAAGCUGCCCACUUUACAAGCACAUUGCUUCCCUCUCCCACACAGAGGUACAACAAACAUUGAAAAUUCCAGUCACUAUGGUAACGGUGCUGUGCUGUGGAAAAGCCUCACCAGGAAAGCUAAAUCUUCUGAAAGAAGUGAUGGUUCUGCCAAGACCAGGACUCACAGCUUCACAGGGUCUCAAAAUUAUUUCUGAAAUCCAGCAUCAGAUCAUGAAACACGCAGAAGUGGUUCCCAAAACAGGGACGGUGCACGUGGUCGGUGCUGUGGGGGCCCCGCUGAUUGGAUGCGACAAACUGGAGAGGCCUCUGGAGAUCGUUGAGGAGGUGGCAAGGAGCCUGGGUCUCACAGCAGGCGUCGACUUCCACUUGGCCCUCAACUGUGCCGCUCACGAAGUCAUGGACUAUGAGAAGAGCCGCUAUGAGGUUGCCAGUGGGUCAUUCAAAGCCACUACCGACAUGGUGGAGCUGUACGCACAGCUGCUGGACCAGCACCCAGCUGUCGUAGCGCUCAUCGACCCCCUGUGCCCUGAGGACCAUGAGCAGUGGCGUAGGCUCAGCUCAGCUGUUGGUGGAAAAUGUUUCAUUUUCAAUGAAAAUUCCUGUCGCCUGGCUGAACUGGACAAUUUGGAACACAUAACAGGAACACUGAAGGCUACCGGUGUGAUUAUCAAACACACCAACCAAGUGACCGUCUCUGACUUGCUGCAGGCUUCGAGAUACUUGCAAGGCAAAGGGUUGUGUGUUGCUUUUGGAGCGUGUUCUGGAGAUACACCAGAUGGUAGUUUGGUGGACAUGGCCCUUGGCAUGGGGGCCUCUUUCUUGAUCCUUGGAGGUGUUCUCCGUGGCGAGAGGGUGGCGCGCUACAAUCACCUGGUGAAGAUUGAGUGGGAGCUGCUGAAAGGAGACAUGCUUGAAAUGAGUCAACCGUACACCUUUCCAGUAAUCGCCGAUGAAAGGAAUCCUGAUGCUUAGUGAGAGAGAAGCAGUUGUAAGGAAUGUCCAUGUGCUGAUAAGUAUGGCUUAUUCUGGGAUUAUUGCUCUCAACUAUGAAGUACUACUAAUAUUUUAGAUACAAGUAAAAUUAUAAUUUGUUCUGAUAAAAAUACAAUUUAAAACAUUGAAACAUUCAGAUGUAAAAAUAAGCUCAGACUUCUUACCAAUGUAACAAAUGCUACAAAAAUGCGUGGGAUGUGUGUGUCGUUGUGGAUGUGAUGUCUAACAAUACACUUUUCUUAAAAAAGUAAUUGCUAUUGCGUAUUCAGUAUAGUUUAUGUACGAGGAAAACAGUCUUGUUUGUUCAAUACAAGACCUUUGUUGAAGACCAGGUAAAAGCCUUGAGACCAAAAGUGUAUUUUAUUUAUUUAAAGGCUUGGCAUACACAUUUUCAUCUCAAGGUACAAGGGCUCACUUUCAAGACUUUCAGAAUUAUACAAUUUGAUAGGCUCGGUGGUCAUGUUUUAUAAAGACUUUCAAGGCAAACUUAGCCCAAUGCUUUUUGUUCAUUAGUCAUUGUAGAGGCGAGAGAUAAACUGGACAUAUUUCGUUGCUUCCUCUUAGUAUCUUUCACGCGACGGUCAAUGGUAUAGUGUAUAGCAGAUUGUAUAAAUAGUAUAAAAUUGUAAUGUUUAAUGCAAUGUAUAAGGUAAUAUACAGUAUCGUAAUUGUAUAGUGAAUAUACAGCAGUGUGGUAUACAGUAGGGUGGGUAGAAUAAUACUUAGGGUAAUAUUAUAGUCGAAGGUAUAGAUUGUGUAUAGUAAUACAGUAUAUAAUUUAAUGUUGGGUUUGUCUAUGGUAGUAUAUAGUACGGGGUAGACCCGUGUGAUGUAAAGGAAAAAAAGUUUAGCUAGAAGCAUACUAUAUUUUUUGCGACAUAGAAUUGUAAUGUAUUACUUACUGUUAGUAGCUCAGCUUAUUGGAGAGUAUAUUUAGUAUAAUGAUGAUACUAUGUAGUUUAUACUUUAGUUUUUUACGUGGUGGUUUAGUAACUGCAGCUACAUACUAUUAACAUUCCUUCCCUUUGUUAAUGCUACCCCCAUCCCCUCCCUUUGAUGCUGCUAAUCCUGCAUAAUGCACGGGCAUAAUAUGACUUUGAAACCCUCCGCCCACCUCCUACGCAUUUCCAUAAAUAUGCUAAAUUCCUCUUGAUAUGGAAAUUAUUUUGUCAAGGCGCUCUCCUUCCCCCUCCAACCCAGCUUAAAUAUACGCUCCAAGCUUGGUGGUGUUUCAUUCUUCACCUGAGGACGGCUGCUUGCAUUGUAGCCGAAACGUCGUGAGAAUUGUAUUUUAUUAUGUUUAGUUUUUAUUAUUUUAUUAUUUCCCUUCUACGUGACUUUGCCGAAAGAACCAAGAAGAUGGAUUAAUUUUUUACAAAUUCAGAGAGCAAAUGCUUUUGCUUAUUUUUUAACAUACUUUUUUAUAACAUGUAUUUGCCUCGAAAUAUUUGCUUAUAAUUUAAAUUUGAAGUUUAUAUCUAUUAAUAAUUUCACGAUGAAUCAGUACUUUACACUUAUUGUACAAUUGUUACUCUUGCAUUUGAGAUUGUAUCCCAGUUGUCCUUUGAAAAUGCGUUUUUCUUCAUUGGUCGUUCACCCGGUUGAAAAACAAAGGCGACAAAUGAAUGUGAACCGCGUUUGUGGAGCCAGUUGUCUCUGCAAAGCGUACCACCUCUUAUUUUCUGGGUCUUUCGGUAAAGUCACGUAGAUAGCUUCAAAGAAAAUAAGAAAAAAAUUUGACAUUUCGAUCGCAAUACAAGCGUUCGAAAAAUCGUAGUUUUUUGUUAUUUUCUUUGAACCUAUCUACGGGACUUUACCGAAAGACCCAGGGAAUAUGAAUUCCUGCAGUCACGAAAGCUUUAAGUCAAGAUUCGUACCACCUUUGUCGUCACACGCGAGGAGAAACCGGCCAUGUUGAACACCCUCACUUUGCCACGACGACCACCGGGUUGCGUGAGUGACGUGGAAAUGCAGAAUCGGAAUCUUUGUUUUUCCUGGAAGAAUCCGUUGAGCUAUGAAGAUCUUUUAUUCGUGGGUGUCCAGCAGGGGCGGGUCAGCAGUGCAGUGGAACGCUUAUUCUCACUGAUGCAGUGGGUGCAUACUCUUAGUUCUUUCGGUAAAGUCACGUAGGUAAAAAAUUAAAUUAAAAUUAAUAAAAAUAAAACAAUAAAAAUCACGACGUUUCGGAGGCAACACAAGCUUCCGUCUUCAGGUGAAACCGUCACAGCAAAAUAUCUGUACCUUAUAUAGUGGUUAAGGGGGGAGGAGCCAGGAAGGGCAGCGGGGGAGGAGGAGUUGUGAAGUGGUCAAUUACUGCUUUUGUUAUACUGCUGGGUGGGUAAAUGAAUUAGAUACGAUUAAGCCGCUCUUUGUUAUGCUGUUUGUGCGCAAGUCACUGUGGGAUGAAUGGACUCGUGGUCAGGGACGUGUUGCACAAGUAACUGUGGAUGUACAUAAUAGAAAAGGAGCGGAAAUGCCCAUGUUUAUACCAGUGUUGGCUGACAAUAAAGAGUACUGUUAAACGUUAGGGAUGUUAACACUCGGUGAAGUAAAAUAGUGCCUGUCAGAUAA